AUCCAUCCAUCGUCCAUGACCAACAUCGACUCUCCUUCCACGAACGACGAACCCCUUGAGCUUCAAGUGAAACCUCCUUCUCUAUUUAAAUCCCUCGCAUUCAUUCCUUUUCCUCUCGUACCAAAAUCUCAAUUCUCUUUCCUUUCUUUCUUACCCUUCUCCAAGCAAGCAAUAACCAGAAAGGAGUAUCAAAUGGAACAACGAAAGGCGGUCGAUUUCGAAGAUUUCUUGCCUAUAAUGGCCGACAAGUUGGGUGGGGAGGGAUUGAUCGGGGAGCUGUGUAAUGGGUUUCAGUUGCUCAUGGACCCUGAUAAGGGACUCAUCACUUUCGACAGCUUGAAGAGAAACUCUGCCCUUUUGGGGUUGCAAGGAUUCACAGACGACGAGCUACGGAGCAUGUUGAAGGAAGGGGAUGUCGACGGCGAUGGGGCUCUUAAUCAGAUGGAGUUCUGUGUCCUCAUGUUCAGAUUGAGUCCUGAUCUAAUGGAAUCGUCUGAGAUGUGGCUGGAACAAGUUCUCCAACAAGAUUUUAUGGAUGUAUAAUUUUUUUUCGGUUCUCUCAUUUUCCUCUUCUUUGCAUUGCUCUGUUUUUCCUUUUCUUCAUUUCUUCUUUUACGGGCACUGAGAAGAGUAGAAAAUAGAAAAGAGAAAAACAUUGUUUAUACUUUAUUUGAUUGACAGAUUACCAAUUUACAUGGGAUGAUGUUCAUACCAUUUUAGUGAUUGAAAUGGGAUUUUUUUUUUUUUUUUUGUCUUCGUCUUUUCUUAGUUUUUACUUUUCCAUUCUUCUUUCUUCUUCGUUCUCCAUGUAUCUAAGAAAUUCCAUUAUUUUUUGUCAA